AUGACUACAGGGCGGCAAUUUUGCAUUCGACUGUCGCGGCUCACGCGUGUGCCAGAGUCGUUUGAGUCCACGUUCUUUGCGACCCAAGAUGCGCUCGAGGCCAUGACGGCGCAGUACAGCGACCAAGAGCAAACGAUCGCGCCGCUCCGUCUCGUGCACGCCGACGUCGAAGCGCAUCGCCAGACGCUCCAGGACCAUCUUAUGAGACGACAGCGACCUUGGCGACGCUGCAAGAGACGCACGGACGUGACCGACGCGGCUCAAGAGUACGCUCGCCUCGAGACCGAGGCGGUAGCACAAGUCGCUGCCCGCGAUGCCCAGAUCCAAGAUCCUUAGCCGAGACCUGCGUCCCGGCCUCGCCUCUGGUUCGGGU